AUGGCCGCCGCGACAGAGACUAGCCUGUGCAUUGAGAGGCUGGAGUGGCCCCAAUCGAGCUUGACAUUCGUGGAUAUGGUGCUGUGCGCCCAAAGGGCCGGAGGAAACCAACGACUGGGGAGGUGGACGUUCUUAGGGCAUAACCUUUCAAGAGCUGUCAACGUUCAACAGCAGUGGGGCUUGAAUAUCAGCACCGACGAUGAGAUUGAGCUCAAGCGCGCUCGAGGGGAGAUCUCCUGUGCCGAGUGCCGCAGGCUCAAGCUCAAAUGUGACAAGAAGAUUCCGUGUGGCUCAUGUGUCCGCCGCGGUUGCACGUCCAUAUGUCCCAAUGGUCCACGCCUUGCCAUUUUCCAGGCAGGCAUCUCGCACGAACGACAUCCCCUCCUCCGAGAUGAGCUUCUUUCUGUCAAAUUUGGAGCUGAAGUACGCCGCACCGUCGACGAUGAACACACAAGAGACAUGCUCGCAGCAAAUAUUGACGCGCUUGGGACGCUGAGCCUUGGGAACAUGGAGAACGGUAUAGACGCACUCAUCGAAAAACUGGAGGAACAGCUCCCCCCUCAGCCCCAACAACUCUCCUGGUGGUCCCGGCCCAUCAAGCGAGAUGAGCUCAUUGACGACAUUCUCGUUCCUAUUUACCGGUGCAAGAACGACCCCACCAAAAAUAGCUAUUACCGCGAGGGUAGUAGGAGGAUGAUGGCCGAGGCCCUCAUCUACUCGCCACUCUCUUCUUCGUACUCGCCGCGGGCUCGCCGAGGCGGAAACGUACUACCGCCUGGGCCGCGCGGCGCUCUCCCUCCGCCCCAUCUUCGAGUCCCAAGAGCUAGAGACGGUGCAGGCGCUGACCAUCAUGGGCGCAUAGCACAAAGCGUAAAUCGUGACUCUGCGGCGUGGAAGCUCGAGAAGAAGCACGUCCAACGGAGGCGGAACCUAUUCUGGGAGCUAUCAGGCAUGGACAUGAUGCAUUGCAUGGCCCUCGGCCGCCCACCUGCGUUGUCUCAAAUCUACGUACCGACCCCUGGAGACGAUAGCGGUCUGGAAGGCUAUUGGCCCUUCCGACAUCAAUUUAUCCAUGACAUAUAUUUCAACGUAAUGGACGGGAUGCUCGCCGCGAAGGCGCCUUCAUACGCGCAGGUGCUGGAGUUUGAUCGGCAAAUCAGGCAGACCACCCUCCCGAAUGUGAGGCUUUACCUCAGGCCAGACGAAGCGAACUACAAGAACCCGUCGGUGGUUUGCGCCAUGAUCCACAUUCAUCGGACGUUCUUUGCGCAAGCACUCCUCGAUCAUCCCACAAACCCUCUGGCAAGUCCAUAUGCGCCGUCCUUCCUCGCCGCCAAUCGAUGCGCUUCCAUUCUGCUUCGGAGCUUCCUGCACCAUUGGAACAGAUGGUACUUAUCUUGCAGUCGAUUCUGGAGCAUGUGGACGCACGCGUUCUCAGCUGCUGUCAUCCUUGGUAGCACUGUCACACGGUCACCGAAUGCAACAAUGGCGCCGAGUGCACUCACUGAUCUGGAACUUGCUGUGGACUUCUUUGAGCAUGGUGCUCAGCACAGUCUUCGCGCUCGACAAGCACUUCCUAUUCUGCAAAACCUUCGGCAACGUGCUCUGACCGCUUUCAACGAGUAUCGGAACAGGCACCUAUCACCGUCCCUCGAUAUUCAGUUGCACAUUGGACCGGAAGACCAGUUCACGGACGAGCUCGCCAUCUUCGGGGGUCAAACACGCGUCAUGACCAACAAGCUUCUCUCUCGCCGCAGGCACAAGACACUCGCGAAGCCGCGUUCCGCAUCCUCCGACCAGUCGACCCCUCCGUCUGGCACGACUCCGUCGACGACGUCGACCCCUGCACCACAGUCGCGACGACGGCACGAACCAGAUGGACGAGCACAUGGAGGCGUCCACCCCAGCCUCAUGGAGUACCUCUCCCUCUUCCCCUCCACCGCCUCGAUCUCGCUCGUCCAGAACCAGAACCAGAACCCAGGCGCGUCACCGGGCCACGCAUAUGGACACCGGCGUCCCGAUCGACACACACGCCUCCCUCUUCGCCUCGCCGACGUCGCCCUUCAGCGCGGCCUCGCCCAAGCUCUCCCCUCACCGCCGAGCGCUGCGGCCUCGCAGCAGAUGCAGGCGAUGGACGCGCUCCGGUGGCUCGACACGCUCCCGCCCGGACCCGGGGGCAUCCCCGACGUCAACGCCGCGUUCUUCAGCGGGGUCGCGGGCCCGCCGGGCAUCGGCGUGCACCAGGCGGGGGGCGGGAACGGCCCGGCGUGCGUGCGGAUGGACGCGGGCGCGUCGCAGGGCAUCUUCGACGGCUCGAUGGUCUCGGAAGGGCUCGCUGGGGACCAGUGGACGAGCUUGAUGCGCGAGACGGGCUUCUUCCCGGUCGGGGACGCGCAGAGCUUCCGGGGCGACGGGUUCUCGGCGGACAUGUUUCCGCAAUACUAG